GAAACUGCGAAACGUAACUCUUACUUUCCAAUUUACAGCGCCACUCUGUGGCCAUUUAAGAUGCUUGCGUUAUAUAGUAGAAAUAAAUAAAUGUAUAUUAUAAAAUGUAAAGUAUACAAUAUGCAGUGACUUUUGCGAUUACAAUGCAUUGAAGUUGGUUGCUUUGGAUAAAAGCAUCUGGCAAAUGCAUAAAUAAUUGUAAUACUGCAACUAGCUUCUUACGUAUGAGUGUGCUUGUGAAUUAGUUACGUUUCUGCAUGAAUUAUAUUCUCUAGCAACACAAUAAACCUCAUUUAUAAGACAAGAAUUCACGUGGAUAAGAUUUCAAGCUUUUACCAAAAAGUGUAAAGACAUGAGUGACUCUGACUGUAAGUCACAAGCCAUUGCAUUGCCUAUACUCAUUUGUGAUAAGUCUGGUAAAAUACUGGUAAAUAUACUGUAUAGCUUACACUUUAAGUAAUGGAUAUGAACAUGUUUCUACAUUACAGGAUCCGGAGUGUUCUGGAUUACACUUUCCUCUCACUUUUCCUACCUGUUGUUCUUGGCAUACCCGACAACUUAAUCCAUUCAUCUGGUAAUGUUCCAGGAAAGAUCACUUUUCAUCAGAUGAAGGGAAAUUACACAUAUUUGCGGGACAGUGGCGAUCUGGCCACCUAUGUACCUACGUUGGUCACUUUUGAGCUCUCUGACCCGAGACAUCAUUUACAAUCUGUGGCUUUCACAUACACAUGGGGCCUGGGCAAUGGGCAAGUGUAUGAAGGCCCAGAUCCCUUUGUGCAGUGUAGAUACACUACACCUGGAAAUUAUACAUUUAAAUUGAGCAUUGAAGCCAACACAACCAAACAAUCUGGACUGUACUCUAUAGAUCUGACUGUGUUAGAUGCCAUACAGAGCAUUGAAUUGAGAGGACCAUUGAAUUAUAACGUGGACAAAAGCAGCAGUCUGUUCUUUCAUGUUGGAGGAAGUCCUCCAGUUUGGAUCUGCUGGAGGGUUUUGUCAGAUUGUCACUCAUCCAGUCCAGCUUCCUGUAAUUUAAUCAGGAUUUAUAAGAACGUAUUUAAUCUGACCUACACCUUCACAUCAGUAGGUGCAUAUUGCCUAGAAGUCAACGUAACAAAUGAUAUCAGCAACCUUCAGACAUCCUACAAUAUUUAUGUGCAGAACAGCCCUGUGAAUCACCUCAUCUUUAUUUUGCCCAGUGCUGCUCUAAUUGUUGCUACCCUCAUAUUCAUCUCUGUCUCAGUGUGUUGUCCACUGCAGGAAUCACAUCUCACAUGUAAAACACUGGAGGAAAAUACGAAUGACGUCUCCUUCACAGACGUGGAGAUGCAUGGCAAGGAUACAAACGUCUCCUUAAAGAAUAAUUGUCUUUUUUCAAUAUCUACCCAGAAAAAUGAAGCACAGCCCCUACUUGAUCAGCAAAAUACCUCCUACAACACUUAACCCUGUAAAUCCUACCUGGUUGACAUCUAGCUUUUUGUUGUAUCAUCUUUUUAUAAUAGCUAUUCAUAUGUCAGAGCAAAUCAGAGGUGGCCAGUUUUGACUCAACAUUGUUAUUGAGCAAAAUGAAUCAAGUGCAUAAAAUGUGAACUUAUUGUUUCUCAAUUAUAGUUUUUCUCUUUCAUUCUCUUUUUCUUACUAUUUUAUUUUAUAGUUGAGUGGGUUUCAAGGUUUUACUCCAUAGUGUCUUUUAUUGA